GCUUCUUGGACCCAAAGUGUGAAUUUGUUUUGAACCACAAUGUCGACCCAGAUUAAUCGCCGUUCGUCGUUUUCGUCGUCGACGUCAUCGUCCUUGGCGAAGCGGCACGCCUCGUCUUCGUCAUCGGAGAAUAUGGGAAAGACUACGUUGACAAAGAAGCGAGCGCCAUUCGCUGACGUGACCAAUGUCAAGAACGCGGCUCACGUUACUUCACGGAGCUUCGUCCCGUCCUGUGCCCCGGUGUCAUCAGCAACUAAAAUUUCCAUGGCAAAGAAGGGACCUCCUGCUUGCACUGGUAACAUGGGAUUUUCGAUGAGAAGCUUUGCUGCAUCCUCGAAUGUUAAAUCAACUGGACUUAUUCCUUGUAGCAAGAUUACAUCUUUACCCAGCAGUGAUGAAACUGUCCCUACCACUGCUGCCAUUCCUGCACCGUGCAGCAUGGAUGUUUCUCCAAGUAAAUCAGAUGGACUUUCGGUUUCUUUGGAUGAAACCAUGUCUACUUGUGAUUCUUUCAAGAGUCCUGAUGUUGAAUACAUAGAUAACAAUGAUGUUCGAGCAGUUGAUUCUAUCAACAGAAAGACAUUCAGCAACCUCUACAUUUCAGACCAUGAUGAAAAAGCAGGGAAUAUCUGCAACAGAGAUGUCCUUGCAGAGACAGAAGCAGAAGAUGAAAUUGUUAAUGUUGAUGACAAGUACAUGGAUCCGCAGCUUUGUGCAACCUUUGCUUGUGAUAUUUACAAGCACUUGCGUGCGUCUGAGGCAAAGAAAAGGCCUUCCAGGGACUUCAUGGAGAAAAUUCAGAAGGACAUUAAUACCAGCAUGCGAGCAAUACUGAUUGAUUGGCUUGUGGAGGUGGCUGAAGAGUACAGGCUUGUACCUGACACAUUAUAUUUGACCGUGAACUACAUAGAUCGCUAUCUUUCAGGGAAUGCAGUGAACAGGCAGCGGUUACAGUUACUUGGUGUCGCCUCUAUGAUGAUUGCCUCCAAAUAUGAGGAGAUUUGUGCACCCCAAGUGGAAGAGUUCUGUUACAUAACUGAUAACACCUAUUUCAAGGAAGAGGUUUUGGAAAUGGAAUCUGCUGUUUUGAAUUACUUGAAGUUUGAAAUGACAGCUCCAACAACUAAAUGUUUCCUGAGGCGAUUUGUUCGUGCAGCUCAAGGGGUCAAUGAGGUUCCAUGCUUGCAGUUAGAGUGCUUAGCCAACUACAUUGCGGAGUUAUCUCUCUUAGAGUACAGUAUGCUCUGCCAUGCUCCCUCACUUAUAGCUGCUUCGGCAAUUUUCUUGGCCAAAUAUAUACUUUCCCCGUCAAAGAGACCAUGGAAUUCGACCUUGCAGCAUUACACACGUUACAAGCCCUCUGAUUUGUGUAACUGCGUCAAGGAUCUCCACCACCUGUGCUUUAAUAGCCUUAGUUCUAGUUUACCCGCUAUCAGGGAGAAAUACAGUCAGCAUAAGUACAAAUAUGUGGCGAAGAAGAGUUGCCCUGCUACUAUACCUCCAGAGUUUUUCCACAAUUAAAGUCACCAGACAUUUGUGUUUCUGGUCCAAUGCUUAGUUGGAUGUAGACUUCAGGUCAGUGAUAAUGGCAGCUAGUUGGUUCCAAGCAACUGAAUUCUUUUUUUUUUUUUUUCUUUUUUUUUUUUUCACUCCCAUUUUGUAUAAUGUUUUGUCUUUUCCUUGAUUUCAUCGUUGAUGUAGCACAUAGUUUUGUGCGUACUUUUUGGGGUUUCUGCUGAUUCCACUGCUUCAGUCAACAUAAACUCCAAAGCUUGUAUGAUAUGAUAUGAGAUAUGUCUUCUAUCUUCCACAA